AUGCGGUCACAAGUCGAGUCACUCCUUGGUUCCGGCUAUAAACCAGUGGUUGGUUCACCUCUCGACAGACACCCUGACUUGGUCUCGACCAGAAUCAGGUCGCAUCCUUCUCAAGGAGUACAAAGAGAUUUUAUGGAACACGCCCUAUACGAUUUUCAGCAGCGCAAGGCUUCAGCGAGGAACCUUCACGAAAACCACUUAGAGGACAGCAGUAUCAAGAAAUCUAUCAUCAAUGAGUUUGAGAUGUCAUCAACUCUCCGCAUCGAAACAUGCAAUACGCGAAAUUCUACAGAGCUCGCCACCAACACCCCGCUUCCGAACUCCACUUCGACAAUCCUUCUCCAAACUGUCAGAAGCACAGAAACUAGCGAGAUGCCUUUAGGAAAUGACCAGGAUACGACUUUGAAUGUUUCGUCACUUGCUCCUGUAGACAAAGUCAUUGUUUGGGGUUUCCCAAACGCAUUCGGAGUAUUUCUCGAUGCAUACCUUCGGGAUCCCACCUAUUCUGCUCAACCACGCGCAUACUUCCUACUUCCCCUAAUCGGUACCCUGACGACUGCCAUCAUGUAUUUCUCUGGGCUCGCUAAUGGGGUCAUCAACGCCGGAACACCGUUAUCAGGACUAGUACUCCCAUUGAUACUACCUGGUCUCAUCGAGAAACAUGGAACCGAAAAGACUCUGAGGAUAUUGGCCAUCGUUUUUUUUCGCCGCUUUGGUACCAUUGCUGCCAUUUAUGCGCGGCCGGCUGCCAGUGACUUGGUCAGACGUUCGCAUUUCCGCCCUCUAGACGAAGCUGACGGAUUUUCGUUAGCAUUCGCUACCGCAAUGAACCUUAGCCCAUCCAAAGCAGCUCUCUCACUAGCUAUGCUUAAUGGCAAGUAUUCACUAUGUGCCGAAGUGAUAGCUCGGUUGCUAGCAGGUAUUCUCUCUGACCGGGUGGACCCCUGGCUCUUGGCUUUUUUUACCCUUUUGGGAGCUUGCAUUGCUACGUUUAUCCUAUGGGGUGUAUUAAGUCAUUCAUUAGCUGGACUUAUCGCUUUUGGACUGCUUAGUCAUCGAAUAGACGAGGACCCUAUGCUAUCCACCAACAUUCUCAGCUAUCUGAUGUUAUCUCGUGGGCUGGGAAACAUUCUAUCCACCCCUAUUUCGACAGCGCUUUCUUCCCAACACAACGGAAGACAUCGGCAUGAGAGAUUUGGAUUUGACGUUGGAGGAG